UCAUAUUUCUGUAAUGUGAGUCGGCAUACUGAUAAACCAGGCUAUUGUAUUGUAGGCCUAUAUGAGGCAAAGGCAGUUCUUAAUCCAGCAUAACAGCCUACAGGUGUGUCUCUUCCAGCCAGCAUCUGUCUUACUGUUCACCUCAGACCGGAUCUUCUAAAACCAUGCUCUGCUUCAGACUCAGCACCACACUGUUGCUGGCAGCAACAUGUUAGCUCAUGACAGCAGUUGUCUCCACAGAGAGAGCUAUCACCUGUGGCAGCAACAAGAAUGUCCAGCGCCUGAGUUGUGAUGAGGGAGUGAUCAGUGUGCAGACAGCACUGUAUGGACGUGCAGACGCUGUGACCUGCAGUGAGGGAAGACCUCCGGCACAGCUCGCUAAUACAAACUGCUCUCAAGCUGGCACAGUGGACGUCGUCAAGAAAAGGUGUGAUGGCAAGAGGGAGUGUGAAGUAAACAUCAACGUAUUUUGUACCUCUGAUCCCUGCUAUGGCACCUACAAAUACCUGGACACCAAAUACACCUGCCUCCCAGCAAUUCACCUUGAUGCCUGUGAGGGCUCUUUGGCAAAACUCCAGUGUGAUCAAGGACAGGUUAUAUUUGUGUAUGGUGCCGACUAUGGACGUCGUGACCAGACCACCUGCAUUUACAAACGGCCUCCCAGUCAAGUUCAAAAUAUCUACUGCUCAAGCCCCACACGCAAAGUUGCUGACAGCUGUAAUGGAAAAAACAGCUGUACCAUCGCAGCGAGCAACUCUGUGUUUGGAGACCCCUGCGUCAACACCUACAAGUAUCUGGAGGUGGCCUACAUAUGUGAUUAUCCUGGGACUGCUCCACUUCCAUAGAGUUUACCUAUCAACGACUACCACAUAACUGUCAAGUUGCUGAUGUCAUUAGAGAGGUCUGUCUUCGACGGGUAGACGACCUUCAGGUUGCCGUCCUGGUCCACUGUGCGGACCUGCUGAACGAUCAGCUGGCUGGAGGUCUCACUGCUGGCCGCCGGCUCUUGUGGGCCUUCCCCUUCCCCGUCUGACCCCGCCUCCUCCCGAUUCUCCGCCGUGAACUUGUUCAACUCUGCCAUUUUCUGUGGUGAAACAGGAAAUGCACUUCAAAUGGGUGCUUUG